CUCUGACUUCCACCAAGAGCUGCUGUGGCCACUGGCUCUCUGCAGGACCACUGACUCACAAAGCCAAGACAAUGUGUAAUCGAUUCAUGGGAACCUGGAAACUCGUCUCCAGUGAAAAUUUUGAUGACUACAUGAAAGAAUUGGGAGUGGGCUUAGCUAGCCGGAAACUCAGUGGCCUGGCAAAGCCUGAUGUGAUCAUCAGUAUGAAAGGGGAUGUAGUAACCAUCAGAACUGAAAGCACUUUCAAAAAUACAACGAUCUCUUUCAAACUGGGCCAGCAGUUUGAUGAAACAACGGCAGAUGACCGGAAAGUCAAGAGCGUCAUAACCUUGGAGAAAGGGGCACUUGUGCAGGUGCAGAAGUGGAAUGGCAAAGAGACCUCGAUAAAGAGAAGACUGGUUGAUGGGAAAAUGGUGGUGGAAUAUGCCAUGAAAGGAGUUAUCUGCACUAGAGUCUACGAAAGAGCGUGAAGAAAUUCCCUCUUUGGACCGGACUGGGACUGGCUCUUAAAACUCGGCUUAGUUCAGUGACCAAAGCUUCUUUAUUUUCUUAUUUCCUUUUAUUGGGAAAAUGACUACACUAUAAUUUGAUAUUUCAGAGCCGUAGUGUAACUAAUCCAAUGUAUUGUGGUGAUCCAAUAAAAGCUUCUCAACACAUAAAA